AUGAAAGGAAUCAGACGCGAUUUAAGGGCGCGAGCUCCGCUCUACAAGGAUGACUGGAGCCGUCCUAGAAGUAUCUAUACGGUCGUCAACGCGACGUUCUUUGCUUUUAUUGUUCAGCUUAUUCCUGCACUUAUUUUUGCAGAGCUCAUGGAUCGACAAACUGAAGGAAAGCUCGCGACCGCGGAAGCUUUAUUGAGUACGGCGAUCAUGGGAAUUAUUUAUGCAGUUCUUGCCGGUCAACCGCUUGUCAUUGUGGGAAUUACAGGUCCUGUCGCCCUUUUACUGGGGACUUCGUAUAGCCUCACUGAGACCUUCAAUGUUGAAUAUUUUCCUUUUCUUUUCUGGAUUUGCUUUUGGGCUGGCCUCAUGCAUAUCCUUACAGCAGUGGUUGGUCUUGUCAGUUUAGUUUGGAAGGUGACACCGUUCACGACUCAAAUUUUUGAACUUUUUGUUGCCGUGUCAUUCAUUUAUACUUCUAUCCGCGAUUUGAUUGAGCCUCUUUAUCUUGGACAAGGAGACACUCGUUCGGAUCGCAGCGCUCAAUAUGCAUCUCUCUUGAUUGGUUUGAUAACGUUUUACGUUGCGUGGACCCUUCAUUUUGCCGAAACAUGGGUUGUAUUUACACGCCAAGUCCGAACACUCUUGAGCAACUAUAACACGCUCCUUGCCGUUGUUUUCGGAACUGCUCUUAGCUAUUUGCCUGGUAUAGAUCUUGCGAAAGAUGGAACUGGAGCUGGUAUUUUUGCCGCAAUGAUCCCUGGACUCAUGUUCUUCCUCCUAUUCAUCAUUGAUCACAAUGUUUCAUCGAUUCUGACGCAAUUGCCGAAGUUCAAGCUCAAGAAACCUGCAGCAUAUCAUUGGGAUUUCUUUGUUGUGGGACUUACUUUUAUUCCAUGUGCAAUUCUUGGCCUCCCACCGGGUAAUGGGUUGCUACCACAGGCACCGCUGCACGUUCGAGCUCUGUGUACCAAAUCAUACGUCACGGAUGAACACGGGGUGAAGCGUGAAGUGGUAACUCAUGUUGAGGAGCAGCGCUGGUCGGCUUUGGCACAAGCGUCGCUUCUAUUUAUUGCGCUAGCUUCCUUCCAAAUUAUAAGCUGGAUUCCCCGCGGCUGCCUGUUUGGUAUCUUUUUAUAUCUUGGGUUGGGGGCUCUACAUGUUAACGAGAUCUGGGAGCGUGUGAGGUUGUGCUUUGUUGUUCGAAAGAAGCGCCCGCUGGUUCCUAUUGUGCGGGACGUUCCAUGGCACACAGUUCAGUUGUGGACAUUUAUUCAGCUGUCCCUUGCAUUGGCAAUCUUUGGGGUCGCGGAAUUCGUCGAAAUUGGCUACAUAUACCCGGCUCUCUUGACAUUAUUGGUACCACUAAGAUCAUACGUUUUGGAGCGUAUUUUCAAAAAAGAAGACAUGAAACACCUCAAU